UGCGCUGAUUUUGGUGUAGGCGUUAGCUUGAAGUCUGAUUAAAUAUCCCGCACAUCAGACAGCAAUGUUUCAGAAAAACACGAGAUACAAAUGAAAUAUCACGCGCUUAAAAUCACACCGAGACGGUUUCAAGUGGAAAGGAGCGGACAGCGACAUUUUAAGCGCACCAUGCCUUCACCAUCCUCGGAAACAGAUGUUAAUGCCACUCAACAAGUGCAGGUUUGACUGAAUCACUGUACCCUUCACCUCUCCAUAUUUCCAGACUUUUGGGGGAAGCAUUUCUUCCAGGCUAACUUGAGCAUACAGUAAUAAUCAUGACCACCCACGAGUCAGACGUGCACACCAUCUCCCCAGAGCUGCCAGCAAUGUUUGAUGGUAUGAAGCUGGCGGCGGUUGCCACAGUGCUCUAUGUCAUCGUGCGCUGCUUGAACCUUAAGAGCCCCACUGCACCACCGGACCUCACAUACCAGGACUCACCUCUCAACAGCUUCCUUCUCAAGUCCUGUUCACAGCUGACUAAAGAGUAUAUCCCUCCCUUGUUGUGGGGUAAGAGCGGGCACCUCCAGACGGCUCUCUACGGGAAACUUGGCCGUGUCAGUGCACCACAUCCUAAUGGAAUCAGGAAGUACUUGCCCAUGCAGGAUGGGGCGACUGCUACCUUUGAUCUCUUUGAGCCACUGAGGCCUCAUCGAACAGGAGGUGACUUCACCAUGGUAAUUUGUCCUGGCAUUGGUAACCAUAGUGAGAAGCAUUACAUCAGAACCUUUGUGGAUUACUCACAGAAGGAUGGUUACCGCUGUGCUGUGCUGAACCACCUGGGUGCUCUUCCUGACAUUGAGCUUACCUCCCCACGCAUGUUUACUUAUGGGUGCACGUGGGAGUUUGCAGCUAUGGUUGGCUACAUUAAGCGAGCCUUACCUCAAACCCAGCUAAUUGUGGUGGGCUUCAGUCUGGGUGGCAACAUUGUAUGCAAGUUUCUGGGAGAGAACAAGACAAACCAGGAGAGGGUGCUGUGCUGUGUGAGCAUUUGUCAGGGAUACAGUGCUCUUAGGGCCCAGGAAACCUUCCUACAGUGGGACCAUUUCAGACGCUUCUAUAACUUCCUCAUGGCUGACAACAUGAAGAAAAUCAUCCUCUCACACAGACACAGCCUGUUUGGAGGAAGUUCAGCGAAGAUGAUUGAUGCAGAUCUUAGCCGUUUGUACACUGCAACAUCCCUCAUGCAGAUCGACGACAACAUCAUGAGGAAAUUCCACGGCCACAGCUCUCUCAAAGAGUAUUACGAGAAGGAGAGCUGUGUCCAUUAUAUUCACAAUGUAAAUGUGCCUCUGCUGCUGGUGAAUUCUGCAGAUGAUCCUCUGGUUCAUGACUCACUGCUCACCAUCCCGCGCACACUAGCAGCAAAGAAGCCAAAUGUGGUUUUUGCCCUGACACUGCAUGGAGGCCACCUGGGCUUCUUCGAAGGGGCGGUGCUCUUCCCUCAGCCGCUCACCUGGAUGGACAAAGUGAUCGUGGGCUACGCCAACACCAUGUGCCUGUGGGAGAAACACAAGCCGCCAUGCCAAAGUGGCCAACUGAGCGAGAGCUCCUGUGCACAGGAAAAGGCAUAAACUUUAACCUUGUGACCUCUGUCAUGCACUAUCACCCCCCCCCCCCUCCCAGCAGCAGUGAGAAGACACUUGACCUACACUUUAAAUGGCUCUUGUCUAAUCUGCCUUCAGCUCUGUUGCUGCUCAGAGCUAAUGUGCACAUCUGCCCUCGUGCCCCCUGGUCACAUGUCCAUACUGUCACCACGCUGUCAUGUCACCGUCACCUUACAGUAUGAGAAAGAACAAAAAAAAAAAACACCUGCCUUCAUCAUCCUUUCCACCUGCAAGAAGACUGACUCGAGAUUAAAAAGUUUUUUUUUUUUUUUACAACACUUAAAUAUGCCAACAAUUCAUGACUAACGGAAGCUUUGACCAAAUUUGACCAGAAAUACUACAUGGGUAAAGUACAGCUGCAACUGUGGUGUAAAGGUAUCAAAAAUACUUCAGCUUUUCCUUGUUUCUCUCUGUUUUUAUUUUCUGCUGCUACAUGUUGCUAACUGUGCCAUUUGUAGAAAAUGAGUGUUCGUACGUAAGGUUGUAGAAUUGACCAAUGUUAAUCCCCAGUGACAUGUCAGCAGGACAAAGGCACUGUCGUCUUUAUUUUGUUUGCCAGCUCUCCUCUCUAAGCUUUUUCCUUUCGGCUGUCAGCGGCUCAGUGUCGCGGUGUUGUUACCUUCACCAAGGAGGUGAACAUAUUCAUUGCUGUUUGUUAGCAGGAUUACA